CGUUCGCCGCCCGCCUCGAUGGUUCAGCUUUUCAGCUGCGCGUUCGUGCCACAGCCAUCCUGGAGCGUUUUAUUCGUCAGUGCCAAAUAUAUUAUAGUAGAAGUGUUCGCCUAACAUUGAUCAACGAGAAUAUGUUGCUGCAAAUUGUUGCUCCAGUGCCGUGACCAGUUACGGGCGCCCCAUAAAACCCGCUCGGCCGCGGAACAUUUACAACAAAUAAUUGUCCAACGAUUUAAUGGCAAAAAUGUGCUAGCAACAAUUAGCAUUGCUCGGUCAUUCGCGCUCGUUACAGCGGCCACUCCAAUUGGGAUUAUUUCACACUGCAAUAAUACCAGCGGCAAAACGGAUAGCUGCCAGAGAUAUAGCCAAAACGUGUGCCAUGAAGGAGAAAAGCAAAAAUGCUGCACGCACGCGACGUGAAAAGGAAAACACGGAAUUCUGCGAAUUGGCCAAAUUAUUGCCACUACCAGCGGCGAUUACAUCACAGCUGGACAAGGCCUCCGUCAUCCGGCUGACCACAUCCUAUUUGAAAAUGCGCCAAGUGUUUCCCGAUGGACUCGGCGAAGCUUGGGGCUCCUCGCCGGCCAUGCAGCGCGGUGCCACCAUCAAGGAACUGGGCUCACAUCUGCUGCAGACGCUGGAUGGCUUCAUCUUUGUGGUGGCGCCGGAUGGCAAAAUUAUGUACAUCUCGGAGACGGCCUCCGUGCACUUGGGUCUCAGUCAGGUGGAGCUGACGGGUAACUCCAUAUUCGAGUACAUACACAGCUACGAUCAGGACGAGAUGAAUGCCAUACUGUCGCUCCAUCCGCACAUGCAUCAGCAUCCAGCCGCCUUUCUCAAUACCCUACAGCUCGCACAGACGCACACGCCCAUCGGAAGUCCCAAUGGUGUACAGCACCAGACUGUCUACGGCCACGAUCGCGGCUCGCACACCAUUGAGAUCGAGAAGACCUUCUUCCUGCGCAUGAAGUGUGUUCUGGCCAAGCGGAAUGCGGGCCUCACCACCUCCGGCUUUAAGGUGAUACAUUGCUCUGGCUAUCUGAAGGCUCGCAUCUAUCCCGACUGUGGGGACGGACAGGGCAGCCUGAUACAGAACCUCGGCCUGGUGGCCGUUGGUCACUCGCUGCCUUCCUCUGCCAUUACAGAAAUCAAGCUGCACCAGAACAUGUUCAUGUUCCGGGCGAAGCUGGACAUGAAACUGAUCUUCUUCGAUGCGCGCGUAUCGCAGCUAACCGGAUACGAGCCGCAGGACCUCAUUGAGAAGACGCUGUACCAGUACAUUCAUGCCGCGGACAUCAUGGCCAUGCGCUGCUCCCAUCAAAUCCUGCUGUACAAAGGACAAGUAACCACCAAAUAUUAUCGCUUCCUGACCAAGGGCGGCGGCUGGGUGUGGGUGCAAUCCUACGCCACGCUGGUGCACAAUUCGCGCUCCUCGCGCGAGGUCUUCAUUGUGAGCGUCAACUAUGUGCUGAGCGAACGAGAGGUCAAAGACUUGGUGCUGAACGAGAUUCAGACGGGCGUGGUGAAGCGGGAGCCCAUCUCGCCGGCUGCCCAGGCGGCAGCAGCAGCGGCGGCAGCAGCCCAAGCAGUCGCCUCCGUGCCCGUGCCCGUCUCAGUGGCCGUGCCCGUGCCCGUACCUGUGGUGGUGCCUCAGUGUGCGAGUGCAGUGGCUGCGACGCCGGGCACGCCCGUCAGCCUCGUGCUGAGUGCCAGUCCCAAGUUGGAUCCGUACUUUGAGCCGGAACUACCGCUCUCUGUGCAGCCGCAGCCGCCCAAUGCAGUGACGCCCGUGACGCCCAACAAUAAUCCCAGCAGCAACAACAACAACAACGGGGUGUGGCACCACCAUCAGAUGCAGCAGCAGCAGCAACAGCAGGGCAGCAGCAUGGACCACGACAGCCUCAGCUACACACAACUGUACCCGCCGCUGAACGAUCUCGUGGUGAGCUCCAGCAGCAGCGUGGGCGGGGGAACAGCAUCCAGCGCAGGCGGCGGAUCAAGUGCCUCUGCGUCGUCCUCGGGCGUGUACUCCACGGAGAUGCAGUACCCAGACACCACGACGGGCAGCCUGUACUACAACAACAACAAUCACUACUACUACGACUACGAUGCCACGGUGGACGUGGCCACCUCCAUGAUGCGCCCGUUCUCGGCCAACUCGAACAGCUGUUCGAGCAGCUCGGAGAGCGACCGUCAGCUGUCCACGGGCAAUGCGUCAAUCGUGAAUGGGACUUCGCCCUCCCAAACCACCUACAGCGAUCUGAGCCACAACUUUGAGCUGAGCUACUUCUCAGACAACAGUUCCCAGCAGCAUCAGCAGCAACAGCAACAUCUGAUGGAUCAUCAGCACCUGCAGCAUCAGCGACUGCAGACGCAACAGCAACAGCAGCAGCAGCAGCAACACCAACAAUACCAACAGUCACCGUACGCCAUGCCACACCACCAACAACAGCAGCAGCAACAGCAGCAACAACAGCAGCAGCAGCAGCAGCGCGUGGUCAGCGACUUUGCAGAGAGCUUUAAGAGCGUGAAUGCAGCUGCGGCGGCAGCGGCGGUUGUGGCCACGCCCCAUUACACCAGUGUGAUUGUGGAGCCGCAGCACUAUAUACCCAACGAUUUUGUGCAUUAGCAGCGACUACAUGUUGCUGCUGCUGUUGUUGUUUCUAAAACAAAGCGCUGUCCGUGGCCAGGUGCAAGUUAUCGAUUUAUCGUUUAUGCAACGCUGAUUUAUCAGUUUCGAUUUGUAAUAUGUGGCAGAGCCACCUCCAAAUUGCGAAUGCAAAAUCUUUUUGCAACCCCUCCCGCUGUCCCGCUCUCCCUCUAUCUCUUCUCUUCUCUUAUUUAUUGCACACUUUUCUCCUUUUCGUGGGGGAAAGAGAUGGAUUGAAAUGUGAAAGAUGAAAAUGGAAAAAUUCUUGUUAACAAAUGCAAAAGCAAAUACAAAUUCUAUAUUAAACUUUAGUCGUAAGGCCUAGCUCUAAGAUGUUCAUACAAACUAACUUAAAUGAAUUGCACAUACUUAUAAAUAAAUACAUUAAAUACGUAUAAACAAACACAGGCAUGCAUACGGCUCUCUCUAUAAGCACCAAACACACACAAACACCCGCGAGAUCUGUUCUAAAUAAUGGAUAGAGUAUGGAGCAAAGUGUAAAUAAAGCUGGGUACGGGGUCCGCUCACUGUGCAGCUAUCGAAUAUGAUCUUCAUAAGUACAACACACACACACACACACAUACGUAAUUGUAAUUGUAAAAAACAUUUAACUAUUAUCGCGAAUUUUUCUAAUUUGAAUAAACAAAUUAUUAUGUGGGUGAAC